UUAUUUCCCAAUAUUUACUUAGUUCAGAUCCACGUUGUAAUCUUCUUUCCCCUGCUAUUGUAGUUGUGAAAGCCAAUAGAGAAAACCAAGCUUCAAACCCCUCCAAAGGAAGCGGUUUUUGAAGGGCCUUAAUUGGAGGAAAUAGAGGCUGAUUAGAAAUCGAACUUUUGAAUUUUACAAACCAACCUAAGAUUUCCUGGGAUGUUUUUGACAAGCUCCCACUUCUAACGAAAACUUUUUCGCUGAAUACAUAAUUCCAGUCCAAAAACCAAUUUUAAAAGCAGUGGACAGAGUCGUGAAUGAUGUCAGGCAGAAACUAUAAAAGCUAAGAUAUUUUAAAAAAAGGGGCUAUAUAUUAGCUUGGAAAUAUUUAUCCAUUUCUUAUUCACCAAUCAGCAGGGAAGAAAGGUCUUUACCCCUUUGUGUAUCUGGGUCAAGUCUAUGCGCCAGCUCAAGAAUCUAACCUUGAUUUCCAUCUCUCUAGCAGGCUUGAACUAGCAGAAUCCUUAGGCUUUGCUUUGCCCUAAUAAAAACCCCUUCUGGUAACAGACAUCAUAACAGCAGCUCAACCCGAAAACUGAAAGGGUCUAUACAUCCCCAGCUACUUUCUGAGGCAAUAUGGCUGAACCUCUCCCUCCUAUCGAGCUUCAACCCCAAGCCAAAACUGUGCAGGAACUGGCGGCUAUCGACUGUAAAGAGGUCCCAGAAAGAUACAUCCGUAAAGGGGAUAACAGUGGAGCCCCUCAUGCUUCUUUUCCCGUGUUUGACGUUCCAACUAUCGAUCUUGAUCUCCUUUCAUCUUCAUCUACAAGUGGAGAAGAACUUGAGAAACUUAGAUCAGCACUCAGCUCCUGUGGUUGCAUUCAGGCAAUCAAUCAUGGAAUUACAAGUGAAUUUCUGGACAAAGUGCGAGAAGUUGCUCAGCAAUUCUUUGCUCUUCCAACGGAAGAAAAGAAGAAAUGCUCCAGAGAAAUUGGCAGAAUUGAAGGGUACGGGAAUGACAUGAUCCUCUGGGAGCAUCAGAUACUUGAUUGGACUGAUCGAUUGUAUCUUACGCUGAGCCCAGAAGAUAAGCGAACACUCAAAUUCUGGCCCGAAAAUCCUGAACCUUUAAGGGGAAUUUUACAUGAAUAUACGAUUAAACUGCAAGUGGUCGCCGAAGUCCUCUUAAAGGCAAUGGCAAGGUCACUAAACUUGGAGGAGAACCUCUUCUUGCACCAAUAUGGAGACCAAGCAAUAAUGCAAGCAAGAUUCAAUUUAUAUCCUAUAUGUCCAAGGCCUGAUCUUGUUCUUGGGGUCAAACCUCAUGCAGAUGGUUCAGCAAUCACCAUACUAUUGCAAGACAAAGAAGUAGAAGGUCUUCAAAUCCUGAAAGAUGAUCAAUGGUUUAAAGUUCCAAUCAUUCCUCAUGCCCUCCUGAUCAAUGUAGGUGAUCAAGUAGAGAUAAUGACUAAUGGAAUAUUCAAGAGCCCAGUACACCGGGUGUCGACAAACUCGGAAAGGGAGAGGACUACCCUCGCUGUUUUCUGCAUUCCACAUCCGGAUCAAGAGAUUCAACCAGCGGAAGAGCUCAUCAAUGAGACAAGGCCCAAAUUAUACAAGAAAGUGAAAGAUUAUGUCAGUCUAUACUUCCAAUACUACCAGCAAGGAAGGAGACCUAUAGAAGCAGCACUAAUUUGAUAUUUCCUGACAUUUCCUUUUCGCUUUUGGCUUGUACUCAGAAAUGGCAUCCAAAGCAUUGAGAAUUGGAACCAAUAAGGGUGAGAUUUUAAGGAUAUAAAGAAACUUCACUUUGCCGUUUGUUUGUUUUUUUUUUUUUCUCUUUGCAGGUCCCGAAUACUGAGAACAAUUUCUAGGGCAAUGGCUCCCCACUAUCAAAUUAGUCAGAUUAAGCCCUUUAAAUGAUAGACAUCAAGUCUUCAUGUCACCAUCAUCCCUAGUUUAAUUGUUUAAGAUAUAAACAUAGCUAGUCUGAAUUAUGCCACAGGCUGUCCAAAUACAUGGCUGCAACUUCGAGCUGGUGUCUAAUUCAAUUCCCCCUGCUAAGCGUUUUCCACCUUAGCAAUCCAUAAUUAGUCAGAUCAAGGAUGUCUCUGUUCUCAGCAACCCUUCUAUCAUUUUCAGAAAAGGUC